AUGUCUUUCGGGGACGGUAGCAAGGCUCCAAGCUCUCAAGCACCUUUAUACUUGUGGGGAGGCUCCUUAGUGCCUAGCAAGAAAUUCGUGGCCAACUUGCACCGCGUGACGACCGAUGCUCAGUUCCAGAAGUGGCGGGUUGCCUUCACAUCUGCCAUUCCAGAUGACGUGCAGGUCAAGCUACUGAAGUCUUGGGCUGAUAGCAAGCCUUUGGUAGAUGCGAAUGAUCCCGGCUCUAGGGUCAUUACCUUCCGUCCUUUUUACUUUUCCUUGGGCUUCAAGGAGGUGUUCUGCGCCAUGGAGUGUGCUCCGAGCCAGUGUACUCCCAAUGUUUACCGGGCAAUCAUGUGCUUCGAGAAUCUGAGCCGUUUCUUCACUUUGGAGCUGACAGUGCGUGAGUUCUUUUAUUUUUUCGAGGUGAGGCACUUUGAGCAGUAUGCCCAAGUUCGCACCUACAAGACCAAGCUGUUCGACGGUCUCAGUCAGGGAGAUCACGCUUGGCAUGACGACGUGUUGGAAGUUAGCGGACGGUGGGAAGGCGACGUUCGUGACGGCCCACUUGUUCCCGUCACCUAUUGCCCUGUGAAUGACAUCAGCAAGCAAUUGGAGCUUGGACCAGACAUGGCUAAGGUCCGUCGUGCUUUGAACAUCCCCCAAAAGUUUCGCGAGUGGCGUUGGCUGUUGAGCGAGUAUCGAGAGGUAGAUGGUGGUCUGCCCCCUGCCGAGGAUGUCGAAAGGUGGAAGCAGAAUGGCCCUGACCCUGACGAUCUGCCUACAGUACAGGAAGAGUGUUCUGCUGAAUCUCCACCAAAGAGAAAGGCUGCUAGCAAAUCUUCCAGAGGUGAAGCCACUUCUUCGCAUGCCAAGAAUGGGUCUCCAUCGAGGAAGAAGCCAAGGCUCCCUUCUGCUGAGAAGACUCAAGUGGGGUCUGCUCCGUCAUCAUCUGCCAGGGUCAAGCAUCUCGGGUGCAGAUAG